UUUAGUCUGUAAUUGGAUAUCUAAUUAUUUUAUCUUAGUAGUGCUGAUAUUUUUGGAGCACUUUUUUUUGGUGGUAGGGAAGAAUACUCUUUAUUCUGGGCAAGGCUCCUUCUAUUAUGUUGGCAGAUCUCCCAGGUACCUUUCGUGGUGCGUGUUAUACUGCUGCGCGGCUUCUUGUCAAGUGAAUACUGCUCAUAACUUCAUUUUGAUGUACCUUUUUCCUUUCCAUCAUCACCUUUAGAUGUAUGCAAUCUAGACCCGAUUAUUGCAGGGUGUCUUUGUUCUGGGCAGACAUAAUCAAGCUGCCACCUUCAUUAAUUAAGAAGCAGAGCAUAGUCUGAGCUAAAUCCUUAACCCUACCUGAAUUACAUGAGAUGGAGCUAAUAGUUGCUUUUGAAUGUUUUUUCUCUUCAGGGACUGUCAGGAUCAACAUAUCUGUUCCCAAUGUUGAUGAAGGGAACCUCAAGGGACAAGUUUUGGAAAUCAUCAUGUCCUUGAAUGAAACCGUUGGUAGUCUGAAAGAAAAAGUAUCUGGGGAAAUUCAACUUCCAGCAAACAAACAGAAAUUGAGUGGGAAGGCCGGUUUUCUCAAGGAUAAUCUCAAACUUGCUUAUUACAAUAUUGGAGAUGGAGAGACCUUGACUCUUUCUUUGAGGGAGCGUGGUGGCAGGAAGAGAUGAACAAAUUACCUAGAGAACCCAACGAAAGGCCCUUGUUGGAGUACUUCCUAAGAAUUUUUCUAUAUAAUCCUGUUCGGUCCAUGAAUAUUUCUUUUCAGAUGAUAUCUUGAAUUUUUUGUGCCCAUGUAUCUUAAGUUCAGCCUUGCAACUUCUUUAUUGUUGUUACUAAUCUGAUUCUAUUUGCCUUUGCAGCUCA